AUGAGUAAACGGGACAGUGUGUCUAACCUGACCUACAGACGUCGCCAGGAACAUCGCACUCGUGGCCUUCAGUACUACCGCGAGAAGCGUGGCUCAGCUGCGCGUGAUGCAUUCGUGCGUAGCAUCGAUGUUACGCCGUCGAUGGCCUAUGAGUUGAUCAAGAUCUUGCGUGCACAGGGUAUACCUUACGUUGUUGCACCGUAUGAAGCUGAUGCACAGCUGGCCUACCUGGAACAAGAAGGUCUGAUCGAUGCUAUCAUCACGGAAGACUCCGACCUGCUUGUGUUUGGGUGCAAGACUGUUUUGUUCAAACUCGAUACCUAUGGUCACUGUGUUGAAAUCCAACGCGAUCGCUUUGUGCACGCCAAGCAGCUCGCCUUCGACGGAUGGUCACUCGACGACUUUCGCCGGAUGGCCAUUCUCUCUGGCUGUGACUAUCUGCCAUCCAUCACAGGCAUGGGCCUGAAGAACGCGCACAAAUUUCUCCGCAAGUACGAGUCCAUUGAGCGCGUUCUUCGUGUUUUACAGCUCGAAGGAAAGAUGCACGUGCCGCCCGCGUACGCGGCUGACUUUGCACGGGCCGAAUUCACUUUUGCACACCAGCGAGUAUGGGAUCCACGCGGACCUGGCUCCUUGACGACAUUAGCGCCUCUUCCGUGUGACAUAAAUGAGGACUUGUUGGCCUGCAUCGGCAUCCCACCGUCACUCGAAGAGGCACGUGCGAUCGCACAUGGUGAUCUGUGCCCCAUCACGCGCCAGCCUCUCUCACGUCCUGCUCUUGGCAUCGCACUGGCACCUGCUCAAUCCGUGCUAUCAAGUCACUCAGUGCACGCAGGACAUCCAGGACGAGCGCCUCAACAAACACUCCAUUCUUUCUUCCGAUCUUCGGCGUCUGCGGCGCCUCCAAGGAUGUCGUUGGCCGUGUCGAAAGACAAGGUGGAUCGUGCAGAUUCAUCCACUAGCUCGACGACGACAACUUCUUCUUCUUGUGCGUCUCUAUUGGACACCGCAUCACGCUCAACGCCAUGCACAUCGCCCGCACACAGUGUCAGCGGUUCCGGCACAGACGGAGAAGCUGAUGUUGAUGAGAAAUCCAAAGGCACGACACCACCGCCUUCAUCGCCAGAUGCACAGAGCGAGAGCGAUGUGGUGGAUGCGUGUGUCUCGAGUCCGGCAUCGUCGCCACCACCCCCCUUUGCACCGCUGGCCAAGGUAGCCGUGAACCCCAUGCACAGCACACCUGCACGUCGUGCAUCGCCGCCGCCAGUCACACCCAUGUCGACAGGGCUUGCAUGGCAUGAUACAAGUGAGAGUGCCGAGCAUGAUAUGGCCCGUCGAUCUGCCUGGUUUCAACGAUUCAAGUACUCGGGCACGCGCGCACGACAUGUAGUAUUACCGAAAUCGCUGCCAUCUAUGCCACGUACGCCACCAACGCCGGUGCCGAAACCAGACCGACGUUUACGACUCGGCAAACGUCCUAGUCCUCCUCCUUCUGCGGCGGAAUCCCCAACGACGAAGCGCAUGGCUCUUGAUACCCCCCAACAUCCAGAUGUACCUGCCGAGGCAUCCAUGGCUAUGCGUACUUUACCAAGCAUGUCAACAACACUAGCCACACCAGAAACGCUGGCUUCGCGAGCGACUGCCCCAGUUUCCUCAGCGGGGACGAGUGUGGGGCAUGGCAGCAUGAAACUUUUGCAAUUCCAAUAUAGACAGAGUUAG